UACUGAGCAGACGGCUUCUUGAGUGUGUAUGUGUGUAUGUGUGUGCGCGCGCGCGCGCGCGCACGACUGCGAGACACAGUGGCCCAGGCCUCUGGGCUGUUUUCUGACCAGUGUUCCCAAGAUUAGGGGUGUCUCCGCGCGAACAACAAGGAGCUACGGACCCAGGACUCGCUAGCGCCAUGGGCAGCAGCUGCCGCAUCGAAUGCAUAUUCUUCAGCGAGUUCCACCCCACGCUGGGACCAAAGAUCACCUAUCAGGUCCCUGAAGACUUCAUCUCCAGGGAGCUGUUUGACACCGUCCAAGUGUACAUCAUCACCAAGCCAGAGCUACAAAACAAGCUCAUCACUGUCACAGCCAUGGAAAAGAAGCUGAUCGGCUGCCCUGUGUGCAUUGAGCACAAGAAGUAUAGCCGCAAUGCUCUCCUUUUCAACCUGGGGUUCGUGUGUGAUGCCCAGGCCAAGACCUGUGCCCUGGAGCCCAUUGUUAAAAAGCUGGCUGGCUACCUGACCACACUGGAGCUAGAGAGCAGUUUCGUGUCCACAGAGGAGAGCAAGCAGAAGUUGGUGCCCAUAAUGACCAUCUUACUGGAGGAGCUGAACGCCUCUGGCCGGUGCACUCUACCCAUUGAUGAAUCCAACACCAUCCACUUGAAGGUGAUUGAACAGCGGCCAGACCCUCCUGUGGCCCAAGAGUAUGAUGUACCUGUCUUUACCAAGGACAAGGAGGAUUUCAUCAACUCACAGUGGGACCUCACCACCCAACAGGUGUGCCAGUUGUCCCUGAGUAGCAUCACCUUGUCCUGGCCACAGCACUGGCCUCAUCCUAACCCCACUAACCUUGCCCUGCUCUGCCAGAUCCUGCCAUACAUCGAUGGUUUCCGCCAUGUCCAGAAGAUCUCUGCUGAGGCAGAUGUGGAGCUCAACCUGGUGCGCAUUGCCAUACAGAACCUACUGUACUAUGGUGUUGUGACACUGGUGUCCAUUCUCCAGUACUCCAACGUGUACUGUCCAACACCCAAGGUCCAGGAUCUUGUAGAUGACAAGUCCCUACAGGAGGCAUGUCUAUCCUACGUGACCAAGCAAGGGCACAAAAGAGCCAGUCUCCGGGAUGUGUUCCAACUGUACUGCAGCCUGAGCCCUGGUACUACUGUACGAGACCUCAUCGGCCGCCACCCCCAGCAGCUACAGCAUGUUGAUGAACGGAAACUGAUCCAGUUUGGGCUAAUGAAGAAUCUCAUCCGUCGACUACAGAAAUAUCCUGUGCGGGUGUCUCGAGAGGAGCGAAGCCACCCUGCCCGGCUUUACACAGGCUGUCACAGCUAUGAUGAGAUCUGCUGCAAGACAGGCAUGAGUUACCAUGAGCUGGAUGAGCGUCUGGAGAAUGACCCCAACAUCAUCAUCUGCUGGAAGUGAAACUUUCCUGAAUGAUUAUAUUGCUAUGGAUACUCCCUCCUGAUAAACCACAUAGGGACUAGACAAGUAGGCUAGUUCAUAUCCUCUGUAGGUUGACUCUUAGUUCUGUAAAUAAAAUCAUUGACU